GUCGGCUAUUUGGCACUGAUGAUUUGGUCGGCACUCAUCAUGCCAUCGGCUAAGGUUCAGCCAUCGCUCCCAAUCACUAUGAAACCUUACUCAGACGCUGAUCAUGCAGCAAAUGUUUAUGUUCAGAAUGCUAGUGUUUUUCCUGCCUUAUGGAACUGUACACUUCCUCAAUUGAUCAAUGAGACGAUUCGUGCACAAAAUCCAGAGGUUCCAUUCAAUGAGACAGUUUCCGGGAAUAUUUCUAAGCUGAUACUUCACGAUACCACAUCGGGACCUCCAAGAAUCGGAGUCCCCGAGGGAAUGGCGUGGAAGCCCACGACUUUGGGGACUAACGAGCCCAAUUUUGCCACUGACCUAACCCUAACCGGCGGACUGGUUCCUUUCACUGUCGCGUUGCGAAUUUAUGGUCUGGAUACAAGUCAUACACAUAAAUCCGUGCCAUACUUACAUGAUGAGCAUAUUUUAGCAAUGUUCAACAAUUUCGGUCUCGCAACACCUGCAUUAGCACUAAGUAUUGCGGAUUCUGCAAUAAUGCGUCUUGCAACGAAUAAAAAUCUCAGUCUGCUAGUAUCCAAUCAUCCUCUACCACCGACAACAGCUGAUCAGCUGAAGAAUAAAAUCGUCAACAAUACACCAGCAUCGAUCAUUGCUUAUGCGAUCGUAACAUCGAUGAGUUUGGUUGUGUCAGGAUUUGCGUACUUUUUGAUUCGUGAACGACGAACAAAUUCAAAACAUAUGCAAAUGAUGAGUGGACUCAAUCCGUUGACGUAUUGGUCAAUGGCCUAUUUGUGGGACAUUUGCUGUUUCUUGUUGACAAUAGUCCUGUUCAUUGGUGUCAUUUGUGGAUUAGAUGUUAAGGAGUAUACAUCACGGAGUGACGUACCGUUUCAGCUUUUACUUGUGAUGCUUCUCACGGGAUGGGCCCAAAUCCCAUUUGUAUAUGUAUUUUCAUUCGCAUUUACAUCGCCUCCAAAGGGCUACACACUCAUUGUGAUGUACAACAUUAUCACGGGUAUGAUUGGUCUCUUAACGGUUCCCAUAAUUGCGCAAGCAGUUAAUAAGGAUGUCGCUGAAACACAUCUGCAAGCUGAACUCGUACUUCCAUACAGAAUUUAUUCCGAGGACGUUCUGAGCGAGACUGGGAGACGAGGCAUUCUUACCGAACUGCUCUUCCUCACAAUUCAUGGGAUCGUAUUUUGGAUAGUCAUGAUGAUUAUUGAAUAUGAUUUGUUCAGCAAAUUAAAAUAUGCGAUUGGUCGUAGAAAACGCGAUAAAAUUGCGGACAGUUCAACGUUGUUUGCUGAUGCAGAGUUUUUAGAUACAGCCGAGAUGAGAAAGCAGUCCACCAGUUCCCUGGACUCAGAUGUUGCCCUGGAGCAGUACACUGUCCAGAACAAGCAUCCAGCUGAAUCGGCUGUUGUUGUGCGAGAUCUACACAAACAAUAUGGCAAACUGCACGCAGUUAAUGGCAUUUCGUUUCAUGUUGAGAAGGAAUCUUGUUUUGGUCUUCUCGGAGUGAAUGGUGCCGGUAAAACAUCGACAUUCCAAAUGUUGUGCGGUGAAAAUAGGAUAUCGUCGGGUGAUGCCUUCAUUAAGGGUUACAGCGUGAAGAACAAUUGGAAAAAAGCAUCUCUACACGUCGGCUAUUGCCCACAGUUCGAUGCGGUGAUUGAAGAGAUGAGUGGCGAAGAAACGUUGAAGAUGUUUGCACGGAUUCGUGGCAUACAUGAAACCGAUAUUACACCAAUGGUCAACGCAACGAUACGUGCGAUUGGCGUUGAACGAUAUGCCAAACGACAGAUUAAAACUUACAGUGGUGGUAAUAAACGGAGACUGAGUCUGGGUAUAGCAUUGGUGGCUCUACCGGAUGUGUUGUUGCUAGAUGAACCAACGACUGGAGUUGACCCGAAAGCAAGACGAUUAGUUUGGAAUAUUCUAUCCAAAGUACGUGAGCAAGGGACAGCCAUAAUCCUCACAUCACAUACAAUGGAAGAGUGUGAAGCGUUAUGCACAGAACUUGCCAUCAUGGUAUCUGGCCGUUUCCGAUGUAUUGGCAGUGCGCAGCAUUUGAAAUCGAAGCAAGUUAUCAGCUCUAUUGUUAUUGCCAUUUUCUCCGGGAAUCUUGUCUCAAGACGUAGUGCCCUGUCCACAACGAGUCAUUGCCUCGCAACGUGCACAAAUACCAAAAUGUGGCAGUCAGACCCACAAAUCUCGUAA